AGGAAUCAAUAUUCCGACAAAAUGGCCAUUUCUUUUUUGAUUUUCAUUCUAGUGUAUCAAACACCAUUUAAGAAUCUUAUUCUCUCCCACCUUAGACCAUGUCCAACGCUACUAAUCGAUUAAAUAUCAAGCAAUCUUCCUUUCCUCUUCAAAACCGGGGCUCAAUCUUAGUUCAUAUAAACUUAGAAGUACUAAAUUUUGAAUUUUCUUUUGUAUUGAUUGUUUUGAUUUAAUUGGUUGAAUCAAUUUGCAACAAUGGGUAUGGCAAUAUCUCGGCUCUUAAAGAUGCUCUUUGCUAAGAAAGAAAUGAGGAUUUUGAUGGUUGGUCUUGAUGCUGCUGGAAAAACUACCAUCUUGUACAAGCUCAAACUCGGAGAGAUUGUCACUACCAUACCGACUAUUGGUUUUAAUGUGGAAACUGUGGAAUACAAAAAUGUGAGUUUCACUGUUUGGGAUGUUGGUGGACAAGAUAAGAUCCGGCCCCUGUGGAGGCACUACUUUCAGAACACCCAAGGCCUCAUCUUCGUUGUAGACAGUAACGACAGGGAAAGGAUUUUAGAAGCCAGAGACGAGCUGCAUCGGAUGCUAAAUGAGGAUGAACUAAGAGAUGCAACACUUCUUGUGUUUGCCAAUAAGCAAGAUCUUCCAAAUGCUAUGAAUGUUGCUGAAAUUACUGAUAAACUUGGCCUGAAUUCGAUUCAUCAACGUCACUGGUACAUCCAGAGUGCAUGUGCCACAUCUGGGCAAGGACUCUAUGAGGGCCUUGAUUGGCUAUCCAGCAAAAUCUCUACCAAGGCAUAAUCUGAACUGCUGAUGAAUGAAGCUCUCGAUUGCUUUUGUCAUUCCUAUAUCUCAUCAAUUGUACUACAUACCCGUAAUUUUACCCAGAAUGAAAAUAUGUAGACAAAAUUUAUCAUUACCAUGUUUGAAUAAGUAAGAAAACAAAGACUAGGAAAUAGUAAUAUGGGUGACAAUUUUGUAUUACUAUUUUUUUUUUUCCUUUGUAUUUUGAUGGGAGAUAGCUAUAUGAUUGACAACAAUGUCUAUAAGUUAGCCAUUUUAUGUAAUCCUUGGCAUGCAAUCUUUUUUUCACCUAUGUGAGAUUUAACUAUUGGCAAGGACAGAUCUAUUAAGCGAGAAGCUAUGAAGUAUGGAAACUCCAAAAUUGGUGCCGUAGCGGUAUCUGAUACGUGGAUAUGCUGGGGACACGAGGACACGUCGAGGACACAAAUCCCUUUAAUUUAAUGAUUUUUUUUGUAGGGGACACAGAGAGGAUACGGCUGGGACACGCAUGUCCAUAUCGGGACACGGUGGGGCUCAUUUUUAAUUUUGUUAUAUUUAUUUGGGGUCAAAGUGUAAUAUUUAAAAAACAAAAAAUGAGAGGGUUAUUUUGUAAUAAUACAAGAUAUAUACGACCUAGGUUUUGUUUA